AAGAGAGAGGGAGAGAAAUGGGAGAGGAGGUUGAGGAAAAGCAGAUAUUGGAAGAGAAGAUGAUCGGAAAAGAUGAAACCCACUUUGUUUUAGUACAUGGAAUUGGUGGUGGCGCGUGGUGCUGGUACAAACUCCGGUGUCUUUUGGAGAACUCCGGCGGCUGCAAAGUCACCUGCCUUGACCUCAAAGCCUCCGGCGUCGAUCCCGCCGACGCUAACUCCGUCCUCUCUUUCGACGACUACAACAAGCCCCUCAUUGAUUUCUUGGCUUCUUUACCUCACAAUCAACAGGUAAUACUAGUAGGACAUAGUGCAGGAGGAUUGAGUGUAACAGAUGCAUGUCACAAGUUUCCGCAGAAAAUAAGCUUAGCAGUUUAUGUAUCAGCUACAAUGUUGAAAACUGGGUUCAACUCCGAACAAGACAUCAAAGAUGGAGUUCCAGACUUGUCUGAUUUUGGUGAGGCAUUUGAGGUGUAUGAUGCCGUGUUUGGACUAGGGUUGAAUGAAACUCCAACCAGUCUACUUGUCAAGAAAGAAUUUCAGCGAAAGAUCAUCUAUCAAAUAAGUCCAUUUGAGGAUUCAACUUUGGCUACAAUGCUACUCCGACCCGGGCCAAUCAAGGCAUUGCUAAAUGCUCGUUUUCAAGAGGGGGAGGAUGAUGUGGAAAGAGUGCCUCGGGUAUAUAUUAGAGCCACGCAUGAUAAUGUAGUUAAGCCGGCGCAGCAAGAUGCGAUGAUCAAGAGGUGGCCGCCGGCGGCGGUGUACACUUUGGAAUGUGACCACAGUCCAUUUUUCUCAGCUCCGUUCAUGCUCUCCGGCCUGCUUCUCAAAGCUGCUACCUCUCUAGGCACGCUGAAAUACUAGGAUAUAAUGCAUACAUUUGAGUGUGUUGUUUGAGCAGAACUCAAAUUAUGUUAGCAUUUGAGUAAAUUAGAAUUGAUUGUAGUAACAAAGUUUCAAUGUUUUCAAAGAUUAAUCUGCGUUGUGUACCCCCUGCCGCCCGCGGUUGAAAUUUUUUAUACAAAGACAGCGUAUUAGAAA